CUCUCUCUCUCUCUCUCAGCGCAUAUAAAAAUUGCGAGUUUGAAGGAAGGUUUACACUAGUGGCAUUUUUUGCUUCCCCUUUAGCCUGGAUUUGAGUAGGAUUCAAUUCAAGAUUGGUUGCUGUUGAAGAGAUGAUGGAAAGUAUGGCUUUUUGUGUCAUGUGAUUCCUUUUUUGAUGAUUCUGUAUUCAUGGGAAUUGGUUUCUGUAACUGAUCUUUGAUUCAUCAGAUUCUACUGUUUCCCCAGAUUCUUAAUUUGUUUCAGACCAAAAUUCACCAGCCUGCUACCGAAAAACCUAUUGCACUAUGGAUUGGUGGACCAAGGUUCUCGAAGGUUCUAGCAGUAGAGGGCACUAUCCUGGGAGAUAUGGAGGAGAUAGGUAUUGGGAUGAGCCUCGCCGAUCAGUGGAUGAUUUAUCGAAUUUUGACAAUGAAGAAAUCGAAUGUGCUAUUGCACUUUCCCUUUCUGAAGAAGAUCAAAAAGGAAAAAAAGUAAUUGAGGAAGAUAAUGAGUCUGAACAGUCAGAGGAAUAUUACAAGCCCCACCAGCCAGAGGAGGAUGUGACAGCUCAAUUGGAAGAAGAUGAGCAACUUGCUAAAGCUAUUCAAGAAAGUUUAAGUUUGGAGUCUCCUCCUCGAGCACAAUAUGACAGUGGAAAUCUAGUUCCACCUUAUCCAUUUUCAUCUGGUUACAGGAUCUGUGCUGGGUGCAACACUGAGAUUGGGCAUGGGCAGUUUUUGAGUUGCAUGGGCGGUGUUUGGCAUCCUGAUUGUUUUUGUUGCAAUGCUUGCAAUCUGCCAAUUAUUGAUUAUGAGUUUUCAAUGUCUGGGAAUCGUCCGUAUCACAAGUCUUGUUACAGGAAGCUGCAUCAUCCAAGAUGCGAUGUUUGCAACAAAUUUAUUCCUACAAAUUCAGCUGGGCUCAUUGAGUAUAGGGCUCAUCCUUUCUGGCGACAAAAAUACUGUCCCUCACAUGAGCGUGAUAGGACUCCUCGUUGCUGUAGUUGUGAGAGAAUGGAGCCGAGGGACACUAGAUAUAUAUCGCUUGAUGAUGGCAGGAAGCUAUGUCUGGAGUGUCUAGACUCUGCAAUAAUGGAUACUCAUGAAUGCCAACCUCUUUACUUUGAAAUUCGAGAAUUUUAUGAAGGUUUAAAUAUGAAGGUCGUGCAGGAAAUUCCUUUACUUUUGGUUGAGAGACCAGCCCUGAAUGAGGCUAUGGAAGGAGAAAAGAAUGGUCAUCAUCACUUACCUGAAACCAGAGGACUCUGCUUGUCGGAAGAACAAACUGUUACCACUGUUUUGAGGAGGCCAAGGAUUGGGGCGGGAUACCGUUUCAUAGACAUAAGAACAGAACCUUAUAGGCUAAGCCGUAGGUGUGAAGUAACUGCAAUUCUCAUUCUGUAUGGCCUUCCCAGGUUGUUGACGGGUUCAAUUUUGGCUCAUGAGAUGAUGCAUGCUUGGCUUCGACUUAAAGGUUAUCCCAACCUACGUCCAGAGGUCGAAGAAGGAAUAUGCCAGGUCCUGGCUCAUAUGUGGCUAGAUUCUGAGAUAUAUUCUAGUUCAGGAGGUGAAGUUGCUUCAUCUUCACCGUCAUCAUCUUCUUCCACAUCAUCAAAGAAAGGGCCGCGAUCUGACUUUGAGAAGAAACUUGGUGAGUUUUUCAAACACCAGAUCGAGUCAGAUGCUUCGCCAGCUUAUGGAGAAGGUUUCAGGAUAGGUAACCAGGCAGUGCUGAAAUAUGGCCUCAGGAGAACCCUUGACCAUAUUCAGAUGACAGGAACCUUUCCUGUCUGAUCUACUGAUUGAUAGUUAUAGCAAUAAUUGGUAUUUUCUCUCACAAAUACCUCACCCUUACGAUAUUAAACUUAUACUGAAGUAAAAAAGCCACAAAAAGGAAUGCACCAGGAGACGUCAUAUAUAAUAAUAUUGCUUCCGUGCAACUGCUGCAAAACUCUUAAAGGUGGGCACCACAUGGAUAGCAUUUUAGGACAAGCUAUUGAAUCUCUUCAAAAUAUUGAGUAUAUUAGAAUGUGUAUACCUCCUUUUUAUGUUUUCCUUACAACAUUUCCCUACUAUCCGUUGUUCAUUUUGAAGCAGCUUGUUUAUAUUAGUUACAUGACUCAGUCCGGCACUGUGUACAAGAAACCGAAUUAAAUGGUUGGUUUGUGAAAUUUCCAUUUUGUUAAGGGAAGGGUUUCUAUUUUCUUCUCCGCAUAUA